AUGACUAUUUCCUCCAGCAACAUGCAGAUCUUUGUGAAGACCCUCACGGGCAAGACCAUCACGCUCGAGGUCGAGUCGUCGGAUACCAUCGAUAACGUAAAGGCCAAGAUUCAGGAUAAGGAAGGAAUCCCUCCUGACCAGCAACGCCUUAUCUUCGCUGGCAAGCAGCUCGAGGAUGGCCGCACCCUCUCCGACUACAACAUCCAGAAAGAGAGUACUCUGCACUUGGUCCUUCGUCUGCGCGGUGGUAUGCAGAUCUUUGUCAAGACGCUGACGGGCAAGACCAUUACGUUGGAGGUUGAAUCUUCCGACACUAUUGACAAUGUGAAGGCGAAGAUCCAGGAUAAGGAAGGCAUACCUCCCGAUCAACAGCGCCUCAUCUUCGCCGGCAAGCAGCUCGAGGAUGGUCGCACUCUUUCUGAUUAUAACAUUCAGAAGGAGAGUACUCUCCACUUGGUCCUUCGUCUGCGUGGUGGUAUGCAAAUCUUUGUCAAGACGCUCACCGGCAAGACGAUCACGCUGGAGGUUGAGUCUUCUGACACAAUUGAUAACGUGAAAGCGAAGAUCCAAGACAAGGAAGGUAUUCCCCCGGACCAGCAGCGUCUUAUCUUCGCUGGCAAACAACUCGAAGAUGGUCGCACCCUGUCCGAUUAUAACAUCCAGAAGGAAAGCACUCUUCACCUCGUCCUCCGUCUCCGUGGAGGUAUGCAGAUCUUUGUCAAGACGUUGACGGGAAAGACUAUUACCCUCGAGGUUGAGUCUUCCGACACCAUCGACAACGUGAAGGCGAAGAUUCAGGACAAGGAGGGCAUUCCCCCGGACCAGCAACGUCUCAUUUUUGCCGGGAAGCAGCUUGAGGACGGACGUACCCUUUCUGACUACAACAUUCAGAAGGAGAGCACUCUCCACUUGGUGCUUCGUCUGCGCGGCGGGCUCUGA